CUGAGCCAGCCGGGACGGACAUGCGCGGGAGGGCGCCGUGGGGCAGCCGUGGCUCCGCGGGGUACCAGGAGCUGCUGGAUGACUGACAGAGCCCUAGGAGCCCAGUGCGAGACACGAUGUCAACCGCGGGAGUCGCUGCCCAGGAGAUCGGAGUCCGCUUGAAAGCUGGGUUUCUGCACGAUGGGCCAGCCAUGGGGAACCUGAACACCUGCUGGGGCAGCCGCCGGGAGCUCGAAAAUAACUUUUUAAACAUUGACCCAAUCACCAUGGCCUACAGUCUGAAGUCGACCGCUCAGGCGCACCUGACGUCUCUUGGGCGUGCCUCGACUUCCGCCCCGACCAACGGCCACCGCUUUGCUGAGCACGGCCCCUCCCAGAAGCCCAGCCUGCCCCCUCUCAUUCUCCCCUCAAGUGAACACUGGGGACCCCACGAUGAGGAUCAAGUUGUGUGUGGUUUUAAGAAACUGUCGGUAAAUGGGGUGUGUGCUCCCGCCCCUCCACUCACACCCAUGAGGAACGGCCCGUCCCCUGUUCCCUGCGCGGCGGGCUCCAGGCCUCUCCCCCCGCUGCCCAUCUCGGAAGGCUUCUCCCUGGAUGACACGGACUGCGAGGUGGAGUUUUUCACCUGCUCCGACACAGACUGGCUUCUGGAAGACUGCGCCCCCUCCGAGUUCAAGUACGGCGUCCCUGGCAGGCGGAGCUUCCGCGGGUGCGGGCAGAUCAACUACGCCUACUUCGAAACCCCGACCGUCUCUGUCGUGGACCUCAGCCAGGAGCCGGACCGCCACGCGGGGGGGCCGCUCUCAGACCCCCCUCCGCCUCAGAGCCACCGACGACUGCGCCGGUCUCACUCGGGACCAGCCGGGUCCUUCCACAAGCCGGCCGUGCAGCUCCACAGCUGUGUGCACAGAGCUUCUCCCCACUCCGACGAAGACAAGCCUGAGGUGCCCCCCAGGGUCCCCAUCCCGCCCAGGCCCGUGAAGCCAGAUUACAGAAGGUGGUCGGCGGAGGUCACGUCCAGCACGUACAGUGAUGAGGACAGGCCUCCCAAAGUGCCGCCCAGGGAGCCGCUGUCACGCAGCAGCUCCCGCACACCGAGUCCCAAAAGCCUCCCGUCUUACCUCAACGGGGUCAUGCCCCCCACACAGAGCUUUGCCCCCGACCCCAAGUACGUCAGCAGCAAAGCUCUGCAAAGACAGAACAGCGAAGGGUCUGCCAAUAGGGUGCCCUGCAUCCUGCCCAUUAUUGAAAAUGGGAAGAAGGUUAGUUCGACACACUAUUACCUACUACCUGAGAGACCGCCGUACCUGGACAAAUAUGAAAAGUUCUUCACGGAAGCAGAAGAAGCCAGCACCCAAAUGCCGCCGUUCCCUGCUGACAGCAGUGUGGUCUCAGCCACGGAGAAGCUGGACCCCAAAACCAAAGUGGAUCUGGGUGGCCACGUGAAGCGUAAACAUCCAUCCUACGUGGUCUCCCCGUAGGCUUGGGGGUCCCUGUUCAGCAGACGUUCUACGGGAGCAAAUGGUUCUUAAGCAAUUUUCCAGUUUGACUGAGGCUCACGGGAAAAUGAUUAGGCUGCAGAAUAAACUGUUGAACUCUGUAAAGAGAGAGGUUGAGAGGUGCUGUUAUGCUGAGGAUCCCGGGUUUCUUAGCAUUGGAGAAAAGUCUAUCCAAGUCUAUAAAAAUGUGAUGGUGGGGAGGGCAGGAUGGGGAAACUUUUAUAUACACAUACGUCAUAUACCUAUAUAUAAACUCACGGGAUAGCCGGAGUAGCAGGUUAACCAGUUAGUUACUAUCUUAGAGUGACACGUAUUCAGAAUGAUAGAAACUCACGCUGGACACUGACUCCUGAUGGACUGAAAAUUGAGCAAACAGAAGAAAACAGUAUUUAGAUCAGAAUCAUAAAAGAAUUAUUUUUGCUUAGUAAGUUUGAAGAUUUCUGGCUCUUUGGUCUGUUAUAUUUUGUUUGAUUUCUUUUUUUGCAGCCUUUUCCAUGGGGCGCGGGGUGUGUGUUCUUACCGUGGCUGUCCUUACCUAGUUUAAAAGCUGUCCCAAGACCUCAAGACUCCCAGCUUCUACUUCCUGUUCCGCCAAAGGCAGGACAAGCAGUUUAUUUGGCAACAAUAUUUCCACCUGUACGUCUUUCUUCUUGAAAACUAAGAAGAUAAUAGAACAUGUUCCUCACCAUCCCUGCUUUGUUCCGAAACCCACUGAAGUGGCCCACUGUCACCCACGCGAAGAGACAGUGGGACGCACAGACUCAAAGCCAACCGCUCACCAGUGUUUAGAAUGUCACUUUUCAGCAAUAAUGAAACACUUAGCUAUGUGAUUGAGAGUUAUCGUGUGGGGAUGUGUGGUUUUUUUGGGGGGGUUUUUUAGACUAUUAAUAAACAAAUACAACACAAGCUGGCCUUGUGUUGCUGGUUCCUACUCAGUAUUUCCUGGGGAUUGUUUGCUUUUUAAGUAAAACACUUCUGACCAAGAGCACAACAUGUCUUAAUACCGGAGGUCACAUCAGCUUCGUUCUGCUUUUAAAUCUCACAGCUGGUUGCUUCGCUGCACCGCUGAGACCGGCCCCCACCUCCUUGUCCGCACAGGCAGGCCGGAGGGGGUGCGGGGACCGGUCGU